AUGGUAGAUGUAGCUGCGGGAGGCAUUUUAAUGGCUAAAACAGCAGAGGCUACAUAUGUUUUAUUGGAUGACAUAGCCACCAACAAUUACCAAUGGUCAAGUGAGAGAUCGGGUGUAAAGAAAGUAGCAGGACUUCAUGAAGUGGAUCCCAUCACUGCACUAGCAGCUCAAGUUGCAUCACUCACAAAUCAGAUAGUCAUACUUACCACUCAAGGAAAUCAACAGAAGGUAGAUUCAGUCAUGAGUACUUCUUCUUCACGCCAAGAGACAGAGGUUGCAAACGACAGAAAUACACUUCAACCUCUACCCGAAUUCAACACUCAGAAUUCUGAUGGGAAACCACCAUUGGAAGACAUCCUUGGGACAUUCAUUUAUGAGACAAGAUCACGCUUCAACAAUGAUGAAUCACGUUUGGAUAAUAUUGAAACACAUGUGUCCAACAUGGGAGCCACAAUGAAGAAUCUUGAAGUGCAAAUUGGCCAAUUGGCUACCUCAAUGAAGUCUCAGCAAAAAGGAAAAUUUCCAGGUGAUACAGAGGUCAAUCCAAAGGUGCACUGUAAAGCUAUUGUAUUAAGGAGUGGCAAGCAAGUUGGAGAAAAUGAACUCACUGAAGAUAGCAACCCCACACCUGAUAAGGAGAAAGAACAAGUAGUAGAAGAGCAAGAAAAGCAGGCCAAAGGAACAAAUAAGGCCCACAAAACUUACUUCGUAUCCUUCCCUGACAACCCACCAAUUCUCACACCACCACUUCCAUUUCCACAGCAUGCUUUGGAACAAAUGCCAAAUUACGCAAAGUUUAUGAAGAAAGUGAUGUCAAAGAAGCGAAAAUUGGAGGAAUAUGAAACAGUAAAAUUGACAGAAGAAUGCAGCGGUAUUAUUCAAAAGAAACUUCCUCAGAAGAGAAAAGAUCCGGGCAGCUUCACUAUUCCAUGUACCAUUGGAAGCUCUUCCUUUGAAAAGGCCCUCUGUGAUCUAGGAGCAAGCAUCAACUUAAUGCCGUUAUCAGUAUUCAAGAAGUUAGGCCUCGGGGAGGUCAAGCUAACAACAAUGACUCUACAACUAGCUGAUAGGUCCCUCACCUACCCACGAGGAAUUAUUGAAGACAUGCUGGUAAAGGUCGACAAAUUCAUCUUUCCAGCUGAUUUUGUGGUAUUGGAUAUGGAAGAAGAUCAGGAAAUUCCACUGAUUUUACGCAGGCCAUUUUUAGUAACUGAAAGGGCAUUAAUUGAUGUACAAGGGGGACAGUUGACAUUGAGAGUGAAUGAAGAAGAGGUGAGGUUCAACAUUUACCAAGCAAUGAAGUACUCAGAUGACAAUGACACUUGCCAUAGGAUUGACUUCAUUGAUUCUGCUAUGAGAGAUGAGAAAUUAUGUAUUGAAGAUCCUCUAGAGCAAUGUAUGAUGUUUAGUACAACAAAGGAUGAUAUUAGCACUUUUGGAGAGUACAUCAGGAGCAAGGAUUUGUCAGAGGAAGCAGAUGACAAAGAAAGCAAUGAAAGCAGUAAAAUUGAACUGAAGCAACUACCAGAUCACCUUCGCUAUGCAUUUCUGGGGAACAAGUCUGCAUUUCCAGUAAUUAUUUCUUUAUCACUCACCAGAGACAAAGAGGAUAGAUUAUUGAAAGUGGUGAGAGAUCAUAAGGCCGCUUUGGGAUGGUCGAUAGUUGACAUCAAGGGGAUAAGUUCUACAAUCUGCAUGCAUAAAAUCCUCACAGAAGAGUCUUACAAGCCAUCUAUCGAACAUCAAAGAAGGUUAAACCCAGCAAUGAAAGAAGUGGUUUGA